AUGCCUCAAUCAUGUAAAGACAUCCGCGCCGCCCUAGCAUUCUGCCUACAAAAUAGCGACUGCAUCCUCGUCGAGCGCAACUCCCCCGGCGACUGUCUACGGCCCCCGCUCAAAUACACAUUGCCCACGCAAUGCCAGCAGCUGCAGAAGGGCUACGCCGAGUGCAAAAAGGGCAUGAUCGACAUGCGCAAGCGGUUUCGAGGAAACAGACCCAUUUCGGUGCAGGGUCAGCUCGAGACGGGCGCGUUUGGCCAGGGCAGAGCUGAGGUGGACGAAAAGGCAGGCACUAUCGAGGAGAAGGGAUAUAUGCUGUAUGCUGGGCGGCCGUACCAGGCCGUGAACGAGACAAAGGGGGAUCAGGAUCCAGAGAAUAAGGGAUUGGAUCGGUGA